GCCGCAGUGUUUCCUGGGAUGGGAACCACGCCGCUUCCCGGCGACAGUACGAAGAGUGAAGCGCGGACCUUUCAACAAGAGCUUUAUUAAUUCUCACGCUAGGACCCUGGAAGGCGAUGGAAAUGGCAGCUAAUUGCUCCCUACGGGUGAAGAGACCCCUGUUGGAUCCCCGCUUCGAGGGUUACAAGCUCUCUCUCGAGCCGCUGCCUUGUUACCAGCUGGAGCUUGACGCAGCUGUGGCAGAAGUAAAACUUCGAGAUGAUCAAUAUACACUGGAACACAUGCAUGCUUUUGGAAUGUAUAAUUACCUACACUGUGAUUCAUGGUAUCAAGACAGUGUCUACUACAUUGAUAACCUUGGAAGAAUUAUGAAUUUAACAGUGAUGCUGGACACUGCCUUAGGAAAACCACGAGAGGUGUUUCGACUUCCUACAGAUUUGACAGCGUGUGAUAAUCGACUUUGUGCAUCUAUCCAUUUCACAUCUUCUACCUGGGUUACCUUGUCAGAUGGAACUGGAAGAUUGUAUGUCAUUGGAACAGGUGACCGUGGAAAUAGUGCUUCCGAAAAAUGGGAGAUUAUGUUUAAUGAAGAGCUUGGGAGUCCUUUUAUCAUAAUUCACAGUAUUUCAUUGUUGAAAGCUGAAGAACAUUCAAUAGCUACCCUGCUUCUUCAAAUAGAGAAAGAGGAAUUGGAUAUGAAAGGAAGUGGUUUCUAUGUUUCUUUGGAGUGGGUCACUAUCAGUAAGAAAAAUAAAGAUAAAAAAUAUGAAAUUAUUAAGCGUGAUAUUCUCCGUGGAAAGUCAGUGCCACAUUAUGCCGCUAUUGAGCCUGAUGGAAGUGGUCUAAUGAUUGUCUCCUAUAAGUCUUUCGAAUUUGUGCAGGUUGGUCAAGAUCUUGAAGAAAAUAUGGAUGAAGACAUGUCUGAGAAAAUCAAAGUAGAACCUCUGUAUUACUGGCAACAGACUGAAGAUGAUUUGACAGUAACAAUACAGCUUCCAGAAGACAGUACUAAGGAGGAUAUUCAAGUACAGUUUUUGCCUGAUCACAUCAACAUUGUGCUGAGGGAUCACCAAUUUUUAGAAGGAAAGCUCUAUUCAUCUAUUGAUCAUGAAAGCAGUACAUGGAUAAUUAAAGAGGAUAAUAGCUUGGAGAUUUCCUUGAUUAAGAAGAAUGAAGGACUGACAUGGCCAGAGCUAGUAGUUGGUGAUAAACAAGGGGAACUUAUAAGAGACUCAGCCCAGUGUGCUGCAAUAGCUGAACGUUUGAUGCAUUUGACCUCUGAAGAACUGAAUCCAAAUCCAGAUAAAGAAAAACCUCCUUGUAAUGCUCAAGAGUUAGAAGAAUGUGAUAUUUUCUUUGAGGAGAGCUCCAGUUUAUGCAGAUUUGAUGGCAGUACAUUAAAAACUACUCAUGUGGUGAAUCUCGGAAGCAAUCAGUACCUUUUCUCUGUCAUAGUGGACCCUAAAGAAAUGCCCUGCUUCUGUUUGCGCCAUGAUGUUGACGCCCUACUCUGGCAGCCACACUCCAGCAAACAAGAUGAUAUGUGGGAACACAUUGCAACUUUCAAUGCUUUAGGCUAUGUCCAAGCAUCAAAGAGAGACAAAAAAUUUUUUGCCUGUGCUCCAAAUUACUCCUAUGCAGCCCUUUGUGAGUGCCUUCGUCGAGUAUUUAUCUAUCGUCAACCUACUCCCAUGUCCACUGUGCUGUACAACAGAAAGGAAGGCAGGCAAGUAGGGCAGGUUGCUAAGCAGCAAGUAGCAAGCCUAGAAACCAAUGAUCCUAUUUUAGGGUUUCAAGCAACAAAUGAAAGAUUAUUUGUUCUCACUACCAAAAACCUCUUUUUAAUAAAAGUAAAUACAGAGAAUUAAUUAUUCCAACAUAUUGGUUUCUCUGUGCAGGAAAAGUAUUCAGUGGUAGCUGGAAGUCUGGCCAGUUAUACUGUAACCUGUUAAGUUUUAAUUAAUGUGUUAGGUAAAAAUAUCUUGAUUUUUUGUUUUUUAAAGGAUAUUGGAAAGGUAUUCAAGAGAUUAUGAUUCUGUAAAAGCUAUGGAAUGAACCUAUAGAUUUAGAGAACAUUGGCUUCUGAAAAAAUAUAAAGAUAAGAUUAGCAAUUAUAAUUAUUUUUUAAAAACAGAGGCUAGAAUCUCAUCUUUUAUAUGAAAGAUGUACAAUGCAGUGUCUAAAAAUAAAAAAUAUUUGUAUACUCUUUGUUCAUUGAUUAGUUGCUAUAAUCUAUAUAGAAUGAAUAGGAAUAGUAAUUAAAAUGUUGAGUACUGUAAAUAUUUAUUUAAAUGGGCUGAAUAAUUGAAUCUACAUAGGAGGAAAUGCAAGAGGACAGCAGGACUAAUAUUCUUAAAGUUUACUAAGAGAGAUCUUCAUUGUUUUUUCAAAUAUUAUAGCUUUAUUUAAUUUUUAUCCAUUUUCUCUGCCAAAGACAUAGACAAAGACAGAUGGUAAAUUUCAACAUUAUCCAUUGUUUCUUAACAAACCACCCCAAAACUCAGUGGUUUAAACAUGAUUUUUAUUAUUUCUCACAAUUCAGUGAAUUGGCUGUCUCUGCUCUACGUGGCUUCUGAACCUCCAAUAAGCUAGACUGGGCUUCCUCCUGUGGUAAAGAAAACAUUCUAAGAGGGCAAGCUCCAAUGUGCAAGAGCUUGUGAAGCCUGUACAUCCAUCAUAUUUGCUAAUGUUCCAUUGAAUGAAGCAAGUCACAUGGCCAAAUCCAGAGUCAGUGUGAGAGGGGACUACACCAGGAUACAGAUAGCAGCAGGUAUUGAUUCACUGGAGGCCAUUAAUGUAACAAUCAAGGAAAAAUUAUAAUUUUUUCCUGUAGUUCUCUGUAUUUUUCUAACAAUUUAAACAAAAUAAUCGUAUUUCUACAUUACAUUUUUUUUUUUUUUUUUGGUCAUGAAUUUUAGUUUUUCAUACUUACAGUAUUUCCCCAGGAUUCUUUUAGUUUAUGUUUACCCGGAAACUUUUAUUCCUUUUUAUACUAGUUCAACGUGUGUGUCUUAUAUAAACCUCAGGUUGGAUUUUAUAUUUUAAUAAGGGAGUUAAGACUUUCAUUUAAGGGGCAGAAGAUGAAGGUAAGAGACAGAAGAUAGAAAAUAUUCGUUCUUAACAUAUCUUUUACCUCUCUGGGCAAGUAUUUGGCUGAAUUAAAUUUUAAAAAAUUAAGGAAAAAACAGGCUUGAAGUAAUAGGAAGGAAAAGAUGAGGAUUACAUACAUGCUCUAAACCCUAUGUCAGGAUGCAAUUUCCCAGAAAGAAAUAUUGGGGUGUUAGAUACAAAGAAAAGAAAGGUCCUGAGAAGGGGUAGUAACAAUUGGAGUCCUAAUAGUACUCUGUUAGUAACAGGAAAAAGAUAGACAAGGUAUCAGGCAUCAUGAGAUCAUGCAUAUAGGAAAAUAAAUAUGUGGUUGAACCAAAAACCAAAACAGUGAUAUUUCCAGACAUGUUUAAUGUCAUUUGAAAACUCAUGAAAUGAAAGAGUAUUUAGAUAGUAAAUUAUGAAAACUCUUUAUUACGUGAAAGUAGAUCUAAAUUUUCUCUAAAAAUUUCCCCAAAGGUAAUAAAUACCCUCUGAGGGAAUAUAAGAAAAAUAUUUAUUAAUUUGGUGCUUAAUUAACCAUAUAACUAUGUAUAUAUGCAAAUUUUAAUCAGUAUUCCUUGUGCAUGUGAUUUUUUACAUGAUUAAUGUUAAAUUGAAAACUGUCAAGAUAAUUAAUCGUAAGUAUUGUUGCAUGUUGACCUGUGUUAAGGGUAACAGGGUCUAGAGCAGUGAUUUCAACCUAUAUUUUCUUGAAGUGCUUCAGGGAUUCCAUAAACAUUUAACUCAGCUUAAAUAAUGUUCUAAACUUUUAAAAAUAAUAAACACCUAUUUAAAUGAGGUAUAUACUGCAAGUGCAAUGAAUGUAGUACCUUGUAUUUUUGUCAGUUUUUAUCAUGUUAUAAAUAGGAAUUUAUUAAAUGCUAUAGUAAUAAAUAUUUUAUGUUUCA